AUGCGUUCUAUCGGCGCGUUCUCGCCGCUGCAUCGCUGCAACUGCGCGUUGCGCGUCUACUUUACCUCCACGCAAGACACGCACGCCAUGCGCCUGUGGCUCGUGAGACAUAUGCCGGAUGCCGGGUCGCGCGCCAGCCGCUCGAUGGUGUCAAAUGCCAAUUCCACGGACCGCUGGUUUUUGACGCAGGAUGCCCUCUUAGACGUCGGUUGCAACGUCCCCGGCUGCGCCUGA